UAAAAGAUAAGAGGACAGGUAACAAGAAGCACAGGUUGUGAUUCUUUUGUUGGUUUGGAGUGGACGAGAGUAACCCUUUCGUUAUCUCCUCAAAUCAAAAACUCUUUCAAUUCGUUUUAUAAUAGUCACUUCAUCCCUGGUCUUCACACCCAUCCUUCUCUCUCCUCUUUACCCAUCUAGAGAGAGAGAGAAAGAGAGAGAGAGAGACCCAGAGCAAGCAAAUCCUUGUUCUCCCACUUUCUUCAUCUAGGUCUCCAAUGGCGAGCUGGGUCUUAUCAGAAUGUGGUGUAAAACCCCUCCCCAGAAUUCUAUACCCAAAACCCAGAAAUGGAAUGUUAUCAAAGACCAUAAUUUCUUCCUCAAUUAGGCCAAUAUUAUCCAACAAUAAAAGCCUCGGCUUUUCUCUCGGGUCCUCCCCAAUUAAAGAGAAGAAUUGGGCGCUAAAUGUGAGCGCUCCUUUGAGAGUCAAAGAUUUGGGUGAAGAAGACAAAGAGAGAAUCGUUAAUGGAGUUAAUGGAGAAGAAGAAAAUGAAUUUGACCCAGGUGCUCCACCGCCUUUCAAAUUGGCCGACAUUAGAGCGGCAAUUCCGAAGCAUUGCUGGGUUAAGGACCCUUGGAGAUCCAUGAGCUAUGUCGUCAGAGAUGUCGUUGUCGUUUUUGGCCUGGCGGCUGUGGCGGCUUACUUCAACAACUGGGUCGUUUGGCCUCUCUACUGGAUUGCCCAGGGAACCAUGUUCUGGGCUCUCUUUGUUCUUGGUCACGAUUGUGGACAUGGAAGUUUCUCUAAUAAUCCAAAGCUUAAUAGCGUGGUGGGCCAUAUUCUUCAUUCUUCAAUCCUUGUCCCAUAUCAUGGAUGGAGAAUAAGCCACAGAACUCAUCAUCAGAACCAUGGACAUGUCGAAAAUGAUGAAUCUUGGCAUCCAUUGUCUGAGAAGAUUUUUAAAAGUUUAGACAAGGCUACUAAAAUGUUGAGGUUCACCUUGCCUUUCCCCAUGCUUGCUUACCCUGUCUAUCUGUGGGGUCGAAGUCCCGGCAAGAAGGGUUCCCAUUUCGAUCCGAACAGCGACUUAUUUGUCCCUAGUGAGAGGAAAGACAUCAUAACAUCCACAGCCUGUUGGACUACAAUGGUUGCUCUGCUUGGAUGUCUCUCCUUUGUAAUGGGUCCUAUUCAAAUCCUUAAGCUCUACGUUGUUCCAUAUUGGAUUUUUGUCAUGUGGUUGGACUUGGUCACCUACUUGCACCAUCAUGGCCAUGAAGACAAGCUUCCAUGGUAUCGUGGAAAGGAAUGGAGUUAUCUAAGAGGAGGACUCACAACCCUUGACCGUGAUUAUGGCUGGCUCAAUAACAUCCACCAUGAUAUUGGAACACAUGUGAUACAUCAUCUCUUCCCUCAAAUCCCGCAUUACCACUUAGUGGAAGCAACUGAGGCAGCUAGGCCUGUACUUGGGAAAUACUACCGAGAGUCAAAGAAAUCCGGGCCUUUUCCAUUUCACUUGUUUGAAAGCCUAGUAAGAAGCAUGAAAGAGGAUCACUACGUGAGUGAUACCGGAGAUGUCGUGUACUAUCAAACGGAGCCCGAGCUCUAGAAAAGCACACGAAGCUAUAGAUUCUUCACGGUAUUAACAGCUAUCUAAUUCUGUGUAAAACAAGUGCUGAGGACAGCCAUUCGUGCCCUCAAAUUCAUUCUUUCUUCCGUUGGCCAAAAGGGGUGCCUUAAUAAGUAAGAACUAUAAAUUAAUGUAAUGAUGCAAUUGUGAAAGAAAAUUUUGUAUUGCUUUGGCCUGGAAUCUCUCUGUAUCUCUCUCCCUCUAGUUGCUUGUUUGUGUUUGUCCAGUGUCCACAAUCCACAUAUUUUGUGGACAAGUUGAAAACCAAGGGAAAGUAAUAUUAGAUGUUCAAAUUAGUGGGUGAAAAGGCCCUCUUUGCCACCACA